AUUCAAUUGAACUCGAGUAUUCAAAAGGGCCCUUUAGUUGGAAUGAAUUGAGCGAAAUCUUUACAAUACCGUCCACUGAGGACCGCCACAUCAACUGACUCGACCAUGCCCGCGCUCGUUUGACGCGCAGCCCCAUCCUCUCUCGUUUGACAACACGCCUUCCCAUCCCCACUCGCUCCCGUUCAUUUCUUCGUUGUCAGUAGGCAAAAUACCGACUGUCUCUUGCAUUAUAUCCACACCAUGCCUCAUCGCCACUGCUCCCUCACUGCCGUGUUCAUUCUUUUCCGUUCCUGCAGUCCACUAAACUGCUCAAGGGUCAAGAGUCAAAAGUCGACCGCAUUCUCUCUCGACCAGCUCUCGAUCUUGGGUCGAACGUACAGAAUGCACCCGUGCCACUCGAGAGAAUUGAUGUUUGCCCAGAAGCAAGUCCUCCUCGGCAAAAAACAAAGGCGAUCGAAGGCUGGGUAGGCAGAACGACAAAAACCUCUCGCCUUCGAUUGAAUCCCCUUUUUCUUUGGUGCUCAAUUAUUUUUUCCUGAGCCGACAACAAAAUCUAUUCUCCAUCUGGUCCAUUGUGCUACUUUAAUCCGCAAACAAUGAGGGAAAAAAAGGAAAACGGGCUGCGGCCAAGACAUGGUAUCGAACUGGGCAAUCAUGGCGAGUGCACUUCCACGCUUCAUUGGCGACAAAUAUAGCAAUUAUCACUAUGGCUCAAAUAGAACAUUGCAUUUUUUUUUUUUAUAAACAUGUCCUUUUGUG